AUACACAACACCUCCUCAGCCUCUAUGGAGAAAGGUCAAGGUAUUUUCUCUGAAGAUUCAGGAUCACUGCCUCAGCAGACCUGUAGAGACAGCAAAUUUACAGGCCACUCAUAUCCUACAGGGAAGAUCCAGGUCAUUGGAGACAUUUUUCAGUUCACAGUCGAUGUGAGUGAAUUUUGUCCGGAAGAUGUUAUCAUCACAACUUCCAACAACCUGAUUGAGGUGCAUGCGGAGAAGCUGGGAGAAGAUGGCACAGUCACAAACACUUUUUCCCACCAAUGCAAACUACCAUCGGGUGUGGACCCCAUAUCGGUGACCAUGACGAUGGAGAGCAGUGGGGCCCUGACUGUGAGAGCUCACAGGGUGUUAUAAUGCCUCAUAUCGCCUCCCUG